CGCUAGGCACAGUAGUCCUCAAUCCUCAGUUUGCGCACACUGCUUGAGCUUGAGUUAUUCGAGGCCGAUUGUAUUCAAUUUUGACGCAUAAAAUCCGUAGCGUUUCUGCGGAUAAUGAUCGGUUCGCGAUAUUUAUUAAACACGCGUUUAAUUUUAGUGUAAGUUUGCACAGUAAAACAACAUUGUGACCGCGUAAUCUGAGUGUUAUUGAUCAUAUCGACGACAUUUAACAGUUCAGGUUCAUUUCAUGAGCCACAUUUUGAUUGGAUCAUAGGUAGUUGGCUGAUAAAAUGUGAAACAAAAAUGUCCUCUAUUUUAAGUAGGGGAUGUUAUCGAAAGUAAUAUAAAAAGUGUUUUGUGGGUAUUGCAUUAAUGCAAAAGAUUACGUGAAAGGGGUAAAUAUGAUUUAGUAUCCUUAUCUUUCCUUAGUGAUAAUUAAAAGCUAUCACGAUGCCUUCGGAUAGUCAAGAAAUAAAUGUGGAUCUAUAUCCUAAUGAGCAUAGUGCGAUCAAGAAUGAAACAAAUGAUGUCAAAAAGGAGGACGUUAAAUAUGUAGCUUCUAAUGGAGCACCGGUCGGAUUGAACGCCGACCAGAGAAUAGCUUUUGCUUUGAGAGAUUUCCUGGUAGAUGGUUCCCCAAGUAUGGUUUUAGAAGACGAUGGGCCUUCUCCGUCUUCCACUAUUGACUAUAAACUGCCUUAUAUAGAUGAAAUUGGCGAUACUGGAAGCGACAUAAUUCAAUCCGACGGAGAACAGCCUCAAAAUCAUGAAACAGAUGAGGUUCUGAAUAACGCUGCUUGCCGUUUGAGGAGAUGGCGGGCGGCAUCCCGAAAGUUGCGUCGACCGCGCAUUAUAAACAAUUUGAACACUAAUUCCGAUUGUAACGGUCUUGUGAAGAGUUUUAAUGCCGGGCACACAGAUCUGGCGGACCGGCUGCGCAGCUUAGCUGCGGCAAGCAACAUGUCUGCAUCAGCUGGGGAGCUGCUCUCGCUAGCUCCUCCGCCACCUGCCGCCACUGCACCGCCUUCGCCAGGCUGUCUGCUGACACCCUCCUUAGCAGAUCAAAGCGCGGCUGAAUAUUUUGGUUCAAGUCCAGAAUGUUGCACCGACAGCAGUGUCUCUAAAAGCGGCAACUUAACGGGUACCCCUGCACCGCCACCCGGACCGCGCUACAAACUAGCCAUAGAAGGGUCCCUCCGAGUCUGUUGUUUCCAGCACACCAGAACUGUCGUCGACAAAAUACUGGCCGCCAAGUUCUUCAGAAGAUGGGAAACUCACGUACUCUGCAUGCUAGAUGACCACGUUAUCUCGAAAACUCCUUCUGGUCUCCUGGAGCGUCCCUUGUCAUACAGCUGCAUGCAAGAAGUGUACUGCAUCUCCCGCUGGGACCCCGCGAGGAAAUACUGCUUACGAAUUGUGAUGCCUCAUGGAUCGCUGCUGCUGCAGGCAAACGAUGCUUACACAAGAGACCAGUGGUACUACUCAAUCGUAUGGAGGAGAAACAUGAUUAGAUACCGAAAUUUCUUAACGAAGUCCGUUAGAAGAGAAGUUGUGCUGAAAGAAUUAAAGAAUAUGGUGGAUUUCGCAAUGACUACGCCGCUGCAAGACGAAAGUGUAACGCGUGCUCCGCUGCAGAUUCUUACAGACCUGAUUUCCGAGGAGAAAGAAAGUCCAGGUUGGGAAGAAUGGGCGGAAAAUAUAUCCAGUGUAGCGGCGCCAUUGCUAGCGGAGCGUUGCGUUAACGGCGAGCUGUGUGCGUUACUCGCGCGACUCUGUCGACACAGGCCGCGCUCCGCUCCGCUGCCCGCCCUCGCUCCGCCUGUGCGACGUGUCCUCACCCGGAACGUCGACUUUGGGAAAGCACCCCAUGCAAGACAAUUUGUGAAGGAUUAUAUUAGUGCUCUCAGCGCGCACAACUCUGGAAAAAGCCUGGUGCGCCGAUUUGUGGAGGUGACCCACGGUAGCCGCGCGGCUUGCCCGCACCCCCGGGCGGCACCCAACCUCGCGUCCGUGGCCCUGGCCGCCAUCGAUGACCACUACCGCGAACGGCCCACGCCGCACGUCUGUCACGAUGCGGAGCAGGACGUGCUCUGCUUUGCAGACAUCCUCGAGCACAUGUGUGAAUAUGAUGAUUGGCUGGUCGUCGUGGGAGGUGUACUACAACCGGUUCCGUUUUCCGUGUCUGCGAUGAGCUGCCCGCAGGUAGCCGCUCGCUUGGGAAACGUGCUCAACAGGCUUGCCCACGACCCGCGAUGUGCGGUGCACACGUGCGUUGCACACGCACGCGCCGCACGGCCAUCCCCACCCUCCUGGCUGCGAGCCACUGCACCCACGGACCCCCUAGUGGCACUGGGGCACGAACAGUUAUGUCAGCUCUGGGGAGACAUGUUGAAAACGUUGCUUAGCUGUUGCAGUAAACGGAAAAGCUUUCUACAAAGUAUGAGCAAGCAUCUGCCAGAUUUUGUAAUAGUUGCACUCACGGGACAUCCCGCAGCACUGGAGAUUUUGUGUCUAAUGCUAGAAUGGGAAGUAGCAAGUGGAGAGCAAACACAAUUAGAAAUAAUAGCAGCAUUACAAGGCACUGAAGUAGGAAAACAGUAUUAUAGAGAUUUGUGUGAGCGGCAGCAAACGUUGCAAAGAUUGCAAGCGCAAGGUGGUCCUCGACGACUGGCCCUUCCGGUACGUGCAACUGACGCAGACGUCGCCGCGCUACUGGAAGCAGGAGCUCUCGGUAACCUAGAGUGCCUAAGCCUCGCAUUCACCAGCGUCACUAGCGCCUGCGCAUAUCAUCUCAUCAAGCUACCCUCACUGCGCUAUCUUAAUUUGUGGGCUACAAAGUUUGGAGACAGUGGAGUGCAACUAAUAGCUGAGCACCUCCCACGCUUGCAGGUGCUUAAUCUGUGCGAAACGCCAGUGUCAGACAAGGGGAUCGAAGCAUUGUCGGGUCUGUCAAGUCUGCGGCGGUUAAAUCUGAACAGUACGAAGUUAUCGGCGGAGGCAUUUGAACUACUCCGGAAGAGGCUGCCACAUCUUCAGGAAUAUGAUAUCCGUUACACGGAGGCUUGGUGACAGCGGGCAUUGCUCCGGCAUCCUUCAUCUUAUUCUAAUGCCACUAUUUAACACCGGCGGAUCUCAUAUAUUUUACUGCGGAAGGUGCACAAAGAAAUUACAACCUUUUUUAAUUGAUAAACUCUUCGUUUACUUUGUCACUGUCAUCUCUCCAGAUAUGCCGUAGUAAACCGCAAUUAUUCGAUACUUGGUAUUAUUCACUAAAUAUAAUACAGAGUACAGUUUAAAAAAAUAUAUAAAGUAUCUGCGUAAGUACUUAAUUAAAUUACCUGAUAAGCAAUCGUGUUGUAUACAUAAAGCACAAUAACACAUCAUCAUGAAUAUCAAGUUACGUGUAUGUAAAUUUUCAGAAUUCUUAAAAAAGUUGUUUGAUUUCGGUAAAAAUAUUGGCCUAAAAUAUGGCAGAAUCCCGUAAAUUCUUUAGUAUAAUAAUAUCAUAAUGAUUAGGUUCGAAGGCUCCGAAUAUAUUAAUUUGGUAUAAAAUAAUUCCUGUGAAAUGUUACUGAUAAAUCAACUUAGUUUACAAGAUUUUUGCAAUAUUUGUUGUUUUUUUUCAUCAGAUCUUCGAGAUAAACUUAUCAGUUUUAAGAACAGAACCUAUACUCCUAUCAUACCCCUUAGUAUAAAAUUUUCCUUCCCGUCAGUUAAAUUGCCUUUUUCAUUACGGAUAUAUCUGGUGCUUUGGCUACGUGGAAUUAGAUAUACAGUUUUGAUCAUACUAAAACCUUAAUAUCAACAGUAUACCUUCAGCAAACUCGUGCACAAAAACAAAAUAUCUUAUGACGAGCAUAACCAAGGCGAGGAAGCGCUAACCAAAGUAAACUAUUAGGUAUUUCAGAACUUCGAACCGGUUUAGAAGUUAUAGGUAUUUUUAUUGGUUUAACCGGUUUCAGCAUAUUUACCUAGAAUCCUAGAAACGGUUAAGCCAAAAUAAAUAUCUCUUACAUCUAUAAUUUCUAUUCUGAUAAUAACUUAAGGUUAGGCUUUUUUCACAAUGCCUUGUACGAGUUACAAAAAGGGGAGGCAAACCCUGUACCUAUGCAUGCCACUGUAUUAAUGAUUCUUUCGGACGAAAUAUUUUAGAAACUUUAAAUAUCGAACUGCCCUUUAACCGGUUCCUACGUGUAAAACAUGCCUAAAGAAACUAAGAAAGAAGGCGCCCGCGCACCUUUCCCACUCCACGUGAGUUGCCGUGCGAAUGGAAAUCGACACCGUUAUAGAGUUGUCUACCUGUAUUCAUUGAAAUUCAAAUCGAAUUAUAAGGGCUUUAAGAAAUACAUUUCUAGUCCCGCCCAAAAAAGCUUAGGGGGAGCAGUCAAAUCAAUUUUCAUUUAAAAUCUCCAAAUUCCUCGUGAGACUGAUCAUCAUAACCUAUAUAGGCUAUCUACUAUCCGGUGUCAUGAGAUGAGUCACGCUGUUAGACGCUCAAACACUGAAAUAAGGCACAGUUAGACGUUAAAACACGGAAAUAAGUACAGAUCCGGUGGGUUCCAUAAUGUCGUGGAAACCUUUCAGUCUCAUUCGAAUUUAUUUUAAGUAGUAAGUUUGUAUUCAAAAUCAUAAAAUGAAUUAAGCUAAUCUUAAGGCAACGUGUAUUCAAUUUAUCUACUAUCAUGAAUUCCUACCUAUUACUAUCACUUUUCGGAUAUUUCCAAGUACCUUUUUAGGUUAGUCGUUAGUCAGUUCUUAUUAAUAAGCUACAUAGAAUUAAGAAUAUACAGAACGAAAGAAAUAUCAGUGCAUUGUGUCCAAAAUGAAAACGCCCCGCGAACGUCUCGCUUUACCUCCGCGGAAUGUUGCGUUCACUAAGACACAAACUUUUCCCAUUUUCCCCUUUUUAUGGUAAACUUUUAGAACGUUAGAGGUUAAAUAAUUACUGUCAACUGCUAAAUGGAAUGAAUUGACUGACCGCUUGUUCCAGUAACACUACUAAAGUGGGGUGGUUUUUGAUGCUUCAAUAUUAGUCGUGUGCACGUUCUGUCUGUUCUUAAUUCUGUGUAGUCUACAUAUGUUUUACUUAUUUUUGCUAACAAUAUUAUAUUUUUCCUGCAUGUGAAUCACUGGACGCCUUAUCGUAAGAUAAUUAAUUCAAAUAGAUAUCUAUCUACCUAUCACAAUUAAUAUUUACCGUGUUAAUAUAUUCUUAGUAUUUGUCGUUACAACUGUUAACAUUAAAGUCUUAUCGGUGUAUCUAAGUAUAUGAUGUAUAUUAUGAAGCUAUGAGUAACUUCAAUGUUUAAAUUAAUGUAGAUAAAUAUCGGUCCAUACUCCCCUGCCCCACCUUUAUAAAAAUAAUAAGUAAGAAUGGGUGUUAAUUUAUUUGGAAUUGUAUUUUGUAGGUAGGUACCACAGAACUCUAGUAUGAUGGUGAGUAAUUUUAAAGUGACAUUGUCGACUUUCAUAUAUGAUUUUUAUUGUUAUUACGCUUAAAGUUUUAGUAUUAUUUUGUAAUUUAUUGUUAUCAUAAGGUAUUUUAAGGUUUGAUGGGGCUGUGAGUAACGACGCGAGUCGCAUUGCGUUUGAAUGAGCGACUGCCGUUCGUGUGUUCAGUGUGUAUGUACCUUAUUAAGAUAUUGAUGUAGAUUCUGUUUACGAGGUAAUCAAUUUAGCUAGUUAUGAUCACAUUACUCUUAACCUAAUAUAUAUUCACAAUUUAAAUCACAUGGAUUAGUUACGAACUUUAUAGAAGAACUCUCUACGUUUUCCGAUCCAAAAUGGGAUGGAUUGGAACAAGAGGGAUCAUAAAACAUCCGAUCUUACCCGAUUUAGGAUCUCAAGAUGUCUCAGUGUGUCAGUAAUCUAUUGGCAAGGUUCUGACGGUCUUAAAAUAUAGAACGAAAUAAAUAGUCGUUAUUAAUCGAAGGCUUAAGCUAUGCUAAGCAGUUCAGCAUCAACACAAUUCCUUGAAUAAACAGUACUUUAGCAUCUACUUUCGUUCAAAGCCAUAGCUACACUUAGCCAUAGUACAGAGUUGUGUGAAAUAAGCACGUUCUAAGCACAGAUUUUUCAUAUUAUUGACCACAUUAUCACUUUAAUAUGAUAGCAUGUUUAUCGAUAUGUGCCACAAGUCCGGCGUUGAUAAAGCGUAGUCGAGGAAUUUAAAAUAAAAACAAAAAAUAAUCAUUACAAAAUAUACAAUAAAAAUCCAAACUACCAACAACAACAGACGCUGUGUGUGUGUCUGUGUUCUAAGAGCACGAGGAGAGCACACAAUAACGCAAUUUGUCAAAGUCAUGUAGCGAUCAAUUUUAAAAUACCUGUUAUUAAAAUUCUAGACGACCCUAUUUUCAAAUAUAAGUGGUAAGUCAGAAUUGAUAAGUGUUAUAAAUUUAUUUUAACAUGAGAUUCAUUUCAAAUAAAAAUUAACAACGAAAUAAAAUGAUUUCUGUUUAUUUUGAUUGCUUAACAAUUUAGUAUGCUGUGAAUGCAUCCGAAAAAUGAAAGGAAAGUUAUUCUUUGGCUUGAAUUUUUACUAUUCUUGUGCUAAGCAAAGCAAUGCUCUUGGACACGUUCAUUAAGGUCUGUAUGAGACACUGUACUGAGCUGUCUUUAGUCGAAAAUAUAAUAGUAUUAGAAAAUAUAAGUGCGCAAAGAGUUCUUUGCGGACUUAUUUUGGAUUUCGAAUACUCAGCAAUGACUAUUUAUCUAACGUCAUAUUUUUUUUCGCCUGAUCCUUGACCAUAGAUUAUUUUCUCUCGACUUUUAAGACAGUUUAAAAAAUUGAUCUCACUAGUACCUAUUCCCUUUCUAUGUACACAUAUUCUCUAACGAUUUAGAUACUGCUGCAGAUACAACUGCUUUGGAAAUUUUAUAAUUUGAUAAGGCCACUAUGUAAAAUAUUCCGAGUAGGUAAUUUUAUAAUUUAAGAUUUAUAUUAUCUUUAGAAUCAAAAAUUGUGGAACAGGAUCUAUGUUACUCAAAACCGCACGUCUCUCUGUCUAUACAGAGAUUUCUGGUGUGUGACAUUUUCCUUUUUGUCUCAAGAUCUCAGAAAUCUUAUAGUAACAAACGUUUAACUGACGAUCUCCUUGUAAUUAAAGGUUCUAACACUGACGGAACGUGGUGCCGAAUUUGUAAAGGCAUGCCGCGGUCCGCGGCAGCGAUAGCCAGAGAGUUGCAGGUUUGAGUCCCGUCGAUUCCACAACUUUAGUACCUAUCCGAAUAAAAACUGUAAUUAGGUUUAACAGUAACACCAAUGAAAAAAUAUUUAACAUUGUUGAUAAAAAAAGAGAUGAGUAUAGAAUACCUAAUAAGAAUAAUUUAAUUUGGGCCUGGUAUAUAUUGGCCUGGUUUAUAUUGGCAAUACAUCUUUAAAAGCCGAUUUUUCAAACGCCAGGAAUAAUCUUCAACUCCGGAUAAAAUUUUUCUUUUGGCAUUAAAAAUAACCAUUGAAACGACACAAUCAUCUUCAGGGUGCCUAGUAUGAGAUUUCUACGCACUUUUACUUAUGCGAUCGCGUGAAAGUUAACUAGGAUUUAUAUUGAAUCGAAAGAACGCCAUCCAGUGUUGCUAUAUAUGUAGUUUGGCGAUGUUAUUCGUUUAUUUUAAUUUUAACUAUAUACAAGUAAGACCUUCAAUUCAUUUAUAAAUACCAUAUCCCUAACAGGUUAUGCGCUAUACCAUCUUAAGACAGCAUCAUCGUUAAAUCAAAAUUGAGAUUGCAGCAAAGGACAAACUUGUAGUGGAAUAAAAAAAAAUAAAAAAUGUAUUAAUCACAUGAACCUUAUAUUUCAGCCGAAAAAUCGGCUCUUAAAUUAUGCGAAAGUCAAAAAUAUAUAAAUGUUUAAAUAGUUAGGGAUCUAAAUAUUAUAAUGGCUUAUAGCCUGUGUGGAAAGUUAGAUGAAUAGGAAACUGUUAUUUUAAAAUUAUUAUCAAUGAUAAAGAGGAUUUAAGACUUACGAUUUUUGAAUAAAAAAAUAAUUAAAAU